AUGGCGAGUGCGAGCAACUCACGAGAUCAACCGUACGAACGCCGGCGAGAGCAAGUGCGUAGAGCGCAACGGACACAUCGCGAGCGCAGGGCAACUUAUGUCAAGGGUCUGGAGCACGAGGUAGCAGAACUUCGAGCUCAGAAUGCUGUCCACGAGGCCGAGACUGUCGCUGUCAGUUCGCUGAUCCGUCAACUGCACCAACUGCUCACUGCCAACGGCAUAGCCAUACCACCAGAGCUGCAGAGCCGUGUUGAUGUUCGAGUCCGCAUGGCCGACGCUGAACUACACGGCGACACGGAGGCCACGCAACGGCUUCGGGUGAGGCUUCCAGCGACUGCUCCCACAAGCUCGUCUGGCUCCAGUGCCACUCUAUCACAAGCUUCUUCCGAUGCUGCUACGGUCGCGGAAACCAGCAUCUCGGUCACGGCAGGACCCAGCGAUCUACGUCCAGAGUUAGAUACGUCGCUAGGGGGACAGACGGCUGUCCAGCCACGCUUACCCACCACUACGCAACUUGGCGUUGAUUUCGUACUCGCCCUGGAGCAUGUCUGUCUACACCACCAUGACUUCAUCUCUCCUGAACUCGAGGAGGAAGGAGACGAAGGCGCCACGGGACACGCGAGCAUGCUUCAGCGUCCCGUGAUCCGCUACGCUCCUCCAGCUGCCUUCAGCCCGAUGACAUUUGGUCGUCCGGCAACGACACAGUGGGGUGUACCAGCCGUUGAGCUCGAGACGUUGCUGUCUCUGUCGCGAAGGCUGGAGUUGUCUGAUGAGAUCACGCCGGUGCAGGCCUGGCAAAGGAUUCUCGCUCACCCGAAUUAUAACGAGCUCCGGCCCGGCGCUCUGGAAGCUUUGUGUCAGCAAUUGGUUCCGGAAGUGAGGUGCUACGGAUUCGGUGCAGCCAUUGGAGAGGCUGUCUUUGUAAAUGCGUCAGAAACGAUGUGGUCCUCCGUCGCGAUGGAGGCGAGAACUUGA